AUGCACACAGGCAAGAAGUCCUUCAGGUGUGGCACGUGUGGAAAGGACAUCAGCCGUAGCUCCAACCUCUCUAUCCACCAGCGCAUCCACACAGGCGAUAAGCCCUUCAGGUGCUGUGACUGUGGCAAGGAUUUCAGCCACAGGGCAGCCCUACAGAUCCACGAGAGUGUCCACACAGGAAGAAAGCCUCAUGCCUGUGAGGCCUGUGACCACAGCUUCACCUCACGUUCCAUGCUAGCACAACACCAGCAGGACCACGCAGGGAUCAAGGCCUACAUGUGUGACACAUGCGGCCGAGGCUUCAGCCAGAGAGCCAACGUCUGCCUGCAACAGUGUGUCCACACUGGGGAGAGGCUGUUCGGGUGCGAGGCCUGUGGGAAGUGCUUCAGCUGGAGGAAGGACCUGGGCAUCCAUCAGAAGGUCCACAUGGGCUUCUGGGAGGGACUUCAGGCAUCACUCGGCCCUGAAGAGGAACCAGAGGGUGCACACAGGGGAGAAACCCUAUCCAUGUGCUGUGUGUGGGAAAGGGUUCAGUCAGGGAGCUCACCUGCAGACUCACCAGAGGGUGCGCGGUAG